CAACACCAGAUGAAGUACGAGUGUGCCCGCGUCUUGCGUGGCCAUGACGGUCCUGUGUUCGCCGUGCGAUUCAACGAGAAGGGGACAUACUGCAUGAGCUGCGGCAGCGACCGCACGAUUCGACUCUGGAAUCCGCAUCGUGAAGGCACAGACGGUCCGACGUCAGCCUUGAUGAUCAAGACAUACAAAGGACUCCACGGCUAUGAGAUUCGUGAUGUCGCCAUCGAGAACGACAAUUCCAAGUUCGUCUCGUGCGGCCGCGACAAAGCCGUGUUUCAAUGGGACGUGGCUUCCGGCAAAACCAUCCGAAAGUUCGAAGGACACGUGAGCAGCGUGAACGCAGUCACGUACAACGACGACUGCUCGGUGCUCGCAACGGCAUCCUACGACAGCACCGUGCGCCUCUGGGACGUCAGAGCUCGAAAUUCCUUUGUUCCCAUCCAAACCCUGGACGACUUCACAGACAGCGUCACGUCCGUGCUCGUAACUGACCACGAAAUCGUCGCAAGUUGCGUCGACGGGUUUGUACGGACAUACGACCUCCGCGCCGGCCUGCUCACUGAGGACAACCUCCAUCACCCCGUGACCAGCUUGGCCAUGACGUCCGACCUGAACUGCAUCGUCGCAUCCACAACAAAAGGGCACAUUCGGCUGUUUGAAUCCAAAUCUGGCGUCGAACUCAACGCGUACUAGGUUUACUCGUUGCUCCACAAGUUGCUCACAAACAUGAUAGGUUCCAAGGCCAUGUGGUUGGGGACUAUGGGUUGGAUUGUGCGUUCUCCCACGACGACGCCAGCGUCCUCAGCGGCUCGGAGGACGGCCGCGUGAUGGUGUGGGAUAUGCUCACCAAGGACCCGCGGCGAUCUUUCCAAGCCCAUGACCGCGCCGUUCGGACCGUCGCUACCCAUCCCACCGACGCCAUGGUGCUCACAGGGUCGGUAGACAGCACCGUCAAAGUAUGGGUACCUGCCGCCCCUUAACAAUACAUGGACCAUGAAGUACUCGAGAAUGAGUGAAUCCAACACGUACCUAGCUAGCUACGACCAGGCAGACAAUCGAUACACGACCAAUCAAAACCCAGA